UUAAGUAUUUAAAUAAAAAACUCAAAUAAAGUAAAUUCUCUUACAAUUAAAGCCAUUAUUGUUCGGAAGGUCCUACUCGCUUUCAUUGGAACGUGAAUAAGAAUUUCUCAAAGACGAAGAGAUAAGAUAAACUUAAGAGGACUCCGCUGGCCGCCGAAGAAACUUCAAAAGGAUAGCGAACACAGUUUUUCUGGAUUUGUGACGUCAAUAAGUAUCAUCUCUGAUCAUGGCUCGGAACACGGGUCGGCCACAGAAACGCAUCGUAGAGAUUGGCGAUGGUUUUGCGCCCAUUGAAGUGGAUUAUUCGGGAACCAAAAAAUAUGCCAAAUGCAAUAGUUACGGUAAAGAAGUGCCCGGCGUGAAUUGGCACGAGUUUCGGGUGAUUCAUCGUAAUCAGUUAAAGUAUGCAGCAAAUCCUAAGAAAUUAAUACUCGAUGGACUCUUCAAUGCCAUCGAUUCAGAGGAGCUCUAUCCAGUGGCCUAUCAAAGUUGUCCCAAUGCUGACACAUUUCUGGCCAGGAACUGUAAAACGGCAUUGGAUAAGCUCUUCGCCAAGGGCCUUUAUAUCACCCUAUCAACGAGUGCCCGAUUGGAGCUUAAUGUCAUACUGAAUGUGUCCAAAACCAAUACCGGGCACAUUAAUCCGCCCCUUGAGAUUGGCAGAGUCGUUUAUUCGCUCAUGGAUUGUCUGGAGCAACAGGAUGGUGUUACUGGAUUACUAAAUCUCACGAAUUUCGGUUCACAUUGUCGCUUCAAACAGAUAGUCGUCAGUUUGGCCAAUGUGAACACCUUGCGUCAGGUGUGUCAGAAUGUCCAUAAUGAUGAUCGUUUUUGUAUGGUCAAUGGAUUCAUUUUUGCCAAUAAUGGCAUAUCGAAUCUGCUGCCAUUGAAGCUAUUCGGUGAUAAAGAUUAUUCUUUGUUGGACUUGUCGGACAAUCAGAUAAAAUCACAUCAACGUCUUUGCUCCGACUUGGAGCGCUUUCGUGCCAAGGAGCUAAGACUUGCCAAUAAUCCCAUUAUCAAGAGGGCCAGCUAUCCCAAUUGCAUGAAGCCGUUGGCCAAGAAUUUCAAACUGAUCGACGGUGUGGCAAUUGAUAAGCUCAAUGAAACUUACACGCCCCUUAACUAUGAGAUUGACUUGGAUUGCGAUGGUUUUCGCAUUGAUUGCUCCAAUAAAUGGGAAUUGGUCACCUUUCAAGAUAGCCGCGAUUGGCAUGCAUGCAAGAUACCCGAUCCUGGUCAGGCAUUGACUAAGGAUACGCUCUUUGAUUGCUUCUUCAUUUCAGUGAAUCAAUCUCUUAGUGAAUUCUACCCAUGCUACUAUAAAUUUGAAAACGGCGAGCAUAGUUUCAUAGUGCGAAAUUGCUAUGAUCAGAUCUUUCACUUGGUGCAGGUAUGCAAUUUGGAAUUGAAGAUACCUCAGCUGAUGACGGGAGAGGAAGAAGUCAAUCUAGAACGCACAUUACCCUAUUAUUUAAGGAUGAAUGUCAGUCAGUUUAAGCCAUCGAGUCAUGUGGACCCUAAUGAUCGCAUUGGGAAAUGCUUGGAUGCCUGCUUCAUCGUACAGGAUCAUGUGCUAAAGCUAGAUAUGUUUCGUUCCACUCCUGGCUUGGAGAAUAUUGUUGUCAAUUUGAGUUCACCGCCAAUUGUUUCCAGAAUCCUAACCAUAGCGUCACGUAAAUUCAUGGGCCAUUGCACCGAAUUGAAUUUGUCGAAAAACAAGAUAAUGCGUCUAGAGGGUCUAAGGAGUUUGCGCCUGAUGAUACAUCUAAAGUCAGUGGAUUUGAGCCACAACUGGAUACACGAUCUGGAGGAUAUACGUCCGUUAGAGAGUCUACCCCUGAAGUCAUUGACGCUCCAUGGCAAUCCCCUGUGCCAAAAAAAAAAGUAUCGCUUGCCCAGCAAGUAUGUGGCAGCAGUGCGAGAAGUUUUCCCUGGUCUCACCAUUUUGGAUCAUGUGGAAUUGAGUGGCAAUGGGAUGCCAAUCACUCAAAAGAAUUUCCUUUGCAAUGUUGGCGCCUACGAGUUGUGUGAGGUUUUUCUCACAAAGUUUCUGACCAAAUAUGAGUCGCCGGCAACGCGCGAGAAUCUUCUGGGAUAUUAUACGGAUGAAUCUCUAUUCACAUUAACCUGUGAUAUAAAACAUAAAGAUUAUCACAAACGUACUCGCCCAUAUGCCAUACAUUCGAGCAACAUCAAGAGAUUGGCAGACCUUUCACGUGCCAUCCUUGCGUAUCAUGUAGGCGGCGAUGAGAUAAUCAGUUUAUUUAUGCAAUUGCCCAGUGUGCGACACGAUUUUGUCUCUCUGGAAACGGAUGUUAUGCAUUGGGAUGGCAAAUCGGCCAUUAUCUAUGUCAACGGCCUGUUCGAAGAUGUCUCACCAACCGCACAAAAUGCACAAGUUCCCUUCUAUUUGGCCUUUUCCAGGCAAUUUGUGCUUAAAGUUGAUGCCACUGGCUUGGGUAUUGGUAAGAAUGCUUGCCGUUGGAAAAUUACCAACGAGCAUCUAAGUAUCCUGAUACCUUCGCCGACUCAACUGAAGAACGCUUUCAAAUUGCCGUCAGCCUUAGCUGAUCCUCCUCAGACGGUUGGCAUCCAGGAGAGAAUCCAAAUCGAAUUGCAGAAAUCACUAUUAUUCGCAGAGAUCACUGGACUGCGUCAACCGUGGUGCACUAAGUUUCUGGAAAUGGAAUCAUAUGACAUGAAGAACGCCUUAAAGAGAUUUCUCGAUGAGCACGCCAAAAAUAAAGUACCCCUGGAUGCCCAUGCCUAGACCAACGAGUAUAAACUAACAAAAGAUGGAAGUUUUCCAACGAAGUUGUUCUAUGUAAAUUCUCCGAUCAUUUUUUCUAUCCCUUACCUUUAAAUUUUGAUGCACUUAUUUCUAUUAAUAUCGAUUGGACAAUUAAGUUUAGCUUUUGUUUUCUGUCAAUUAAAGUUUUUAAACGAAAUUGUUCCAGUUAAGUUUUAAACUUCUUUAAUGACUUAUAUAUCCGAAAGAAUCAUUAAAUAUUGAAU